CGCCUAUUUUGUGAAAAUUAAAAAAAAAAUCUUGUUGAAAACCAUUCGGACUAUGGCUACCAAAUUUGGUUUGCAGUAACAUCUUAUUGUCGUCUACCAAGUUUGUUCAAAUUAUGCCCUUUGGGUCAAAUUUGACCCUGACCCGCGGGUCACAAAAUUGAACAUUAUAUACACUUCUUGCUUGCUUAUUUUGUGAAAACUUUUAAAAUAUUCUUGUCCUUAACUCUAGGAUCUAGGGCUACCACAUUUUGUAUGUAGUGAGAUAUAGUAGUUCUAUAUGUGUCCAAUAAUUAUGUUGAUGAAGGUGGCAGUGGUAAUGACUUGAUUUGUCUGUGAGAUAUGAAUGCCAAAGUCUUCGUUUUACAUAACAUGAAUUUUUAUGUAAAAGUGGUGGUUCUUCAUAAAUUCUACAUGUUCUUUGCAAAUGACCUAUACAAAGUUGUUCCAGGAGUACCAUAUUGCCUGACAAUCUUUUGUUUUAUUGUUAACUUAAACUGUACUUGAUUCUAGCAUGCCACUAUACUUCUUUGAAGUAAUUUGAGCAAAUUUCUCACUGUUUAGUAAUGUAUACAUUGUUUAAGGUACAUUAUAAUUUCACAUUUUGUAGGUGGACUUCAAUAUGUAUGAUCUACUUAUGCUGCCACAAUGUAAAGGCAACAAUCACUGGGUUUUGCUGGUUGCAAUUGUUAUGUCCAGGACUGUAACCAUUUACGACUCGUUGGGUGGUAACAACAAGGCCUUGUUCGAUUUGUUCUGCCAGUUCAUGUGUCAACGAGCGCAAAUUGUGAACGAUGGCUUGGAAAAAAUUCAGUUCAGAGUUCAAAGCGCCACCUUGCAACAAACAGCGCCAUGGAAACAGCUGUGGAGUGUUUGCAUUGAUGACUGCCAAAUGUUUGGUCAUGAAAAUGCAUCCCACAAUGUUGCUAGGCCCAUGAUUCAGUUUAUCGAGACUAGUCGUGAGACGCAGACUUCUGAUUCAUGGGGUGCGGCAAACCCAUCUGUGCGACUCGAUGACUUCACUCGAGCUAGCAAAUUGCUGUUGGAAGCUGAUCGGGUUGUGGGGUGUAUUGACAUUUUGCAUCUCGGGGCAGUUGGACGUUUGAGGGAUGGAAUCACAACUGUCUGUGGUAGAGGUAGCAGUAUGGGCUAUACGAGAUGUAGAGGCGGUAGAGCUGCUGAUGUUAUUUGCACAAGGAGUGUGACAGUCCCGGAAGCAUCUUUUCCAAAAACUGUGUUCGGUGCCAAAAAGAAAGGGUCUUCGGGUCCCGAAAAACCAGUGGGCCGCUUCUGCGAAUACAGUUUAUAA